AUGAAUUGUUCACAAAAUCUAGGCUCGAUCCUCCAGUACAGUGCGGUUACGCUGACACGAAAUACUGAGGCUAAAAUACUUUCUAUAGGACUUGGUGGUGGCGCCAUUAAUAGCCUACUCCGUCAUUUCUUUCCAAAGAUGGAUAUAACUGUCGUUGAAUAUAAUGCAAAAAUGAUUUACAUGGCUAAAAAGUGGUUCGGAUUGGAGCUGGACAAGCGACAACGUGUGGUACUGGCUGACGGAAUAAAGUUCAUGGCGAAAAAAGUGGAUCAAGGUUCAACAUAUGACAUGAUCAUUUUGGAUGCGUGUGAUGGCGGCUUUGUCUCUACGACUCUUGUAUGUCCUGCUGCUGGAUUUCUGGAUAACGCCGUCAUAGAAAAUGCAGCUCGACUCGCUGGACCUCGUGGGACACUAUUUCUGAAUGCUUUGUCGAUGAGGCUGUCGGAUAAGGAACUAGAACAGUUUAUGAUGUCACGACUACUGAAGAGUUUCCAUCAUUGCACCGUACAACGCCCGUCUGCAACCGUGAACCAGGUCUACUCCUGCUCCCAACGACAUCUCGACGGGAAACCUAUCGAAAUGACCAAAUUCAUUAAUAUUACAUUAUUGUGA